AUGACGGAACAUCAUCAAGGAUGGCCCUUGGAUCGGGUUCUUCUUACGGGUCAGCCAGUGCGAAAGAGCGUUACCGCAUUACUCGGUCCGUUUGUUCAGACAAUUUACAACGUUUACGGAACGUCUGAGGUCUGUGAUGUGACAUACAAAGAAAUAACAGAGAAGGUGGAUUAUGAAGAGUACAAUGCCGGAGAGCCGCGUUUAGGGGCAACUAUCCGCGUAGUUGACAAGUAUGGCAACCCUGUCCCAAGCGGAGUGUGUGGCCACGUCAUCAUAAAAAGCAAUGGUGUUUUCGAAGGAUAUAUCGCAGACAAAGAGACAACUAAUCAAUCGUUUAACAAGGAUGGAUAUUUCCUGACUCAAGACUACGGUUAUCUGAACAAUGCCGGGGAGCUGGUCACCUACGGAAGAAUCAAGGAUAUCAUCCAACGAGGAGAAAAUUACUACCAUCCGUCAUGGAUUGAAAGUAUCAUCAAGGAGUGUCUGGGAGUCUUGGAAGCCAUUGUAGUUAAAGUGCCCGACCAGCUUCUACAUCAUGAAAUUUGUGUUUGUUUCGUGUCUGAUAAAGACGCUGAGAUCAAUGAGCACACGGUUGAGAAUUUCUGUAAGAAAAAGUUCCUCAAACAAAACUCUGUAGAAGACACGGCUUACCCUAAAUAUUAUAUUAACAUCAGAGAUAUUCCAUUGAAUAACAAUGGCAAAUAUGAUAGAAUUGCCAUAGAAAAAUUCGCUGCUAAUUAUUUGAAUCUUACUGCUUGA